CUACUGUAGAACCCAUUCAAAGAUAGGGUUAGGGUUUUAGUGGGCGCCGCGCAUUCUCCAUGGGGAGCCAGCGUCUUUCUUCUCUCGAGGAAAGCCUUGGCAAUGCGUAUCCUCACAAGUUCGAGGUGUCGAUGACCCUGGCCCAGUUCCACGACGAAUUCGGGCAGCUGGAAGCUGGGCAGCGCUCCAACACCCUCGUCUCCGUCGCAGGCAAGGUAAUGCACAAACGCCUCGAGCCCGACUCGACGUGCUACGUGCUCGAGUCGGUCGUGGGAAAGCUUCCAGCAUUUGUGGAUCACGCCAGAGUGCCGAAACUCGGAGCUGAGAUCGAGCGGGGUGAUAUUGUUGGUGUUUCGGGUUUUGCCUCGGCGUGUCAUGGCGAGCUGGGGAUUUCCGUGGAGAAGUUGUGCUUGUUGGCUCCUUGCCUACGCACUUUGCCAGAACGCGAGGGUGAUAGCCACACGGAGCAAGAGUCUUGGAGGCCGGGGAAAGCAAGAGAUCCAAGCGCAUAUGUGCUGAGUGAUCAGGAAGAAAGGUACAGGAACCGGGUUCUCGACUUGAUUGUCAACCCGGACAUCAAGUCCGUGUUUGCUGCCCGAACCGAGGCCGUGAACUACAUUCGGACUUACAUGGAAACUAGUGGCGUUACAGAGGUGAACACUGGGGUUCUCGAGCAAAGAAGUGUCGCGAACGGUUUCAAGACGCAUCACAACCAACUAAACCUGGACAUGGUUCUUCGGGUCUCGUCGGAUCAGCUGCUGCAGCUGAUUGUGUCCAACUUUUUUGGCGUGUACGAGAUUGGCAAGCAGUUCCGCAACGAAGAAAUGAGCCGGACACACAACCCCGAGUUCACUACUUGCGAGAUGUAUAAAGCAUAUGCCGACUACAAGGACUUGAUGGAGAUGACCGAGAAGCUGCUUUCAGGAUUGGUUAUGAAGAUCACUGGCGGAUACAAAGUCUAUUACCAUUCCGACGGCUACGACAGCCCUCCUGUUGUGAUCGACUUCACUCCUCCAUUCAGGAGGGUGGAGGUGGUGAAAGGCCUUGAAGAGGCACUGGGCCUCAAGUUUCCAGAGGACCUUGCGUCGGAGCAGGCCAAUGAGUUCUUAAGAGAGACUUGCUCGUCCAAAGGCGUCUCAUGUCCGCCGCCUCUCUCGACAGCGAACCUCUUGUCUUCGCUAGCGGGCCAUUUCCUGGAGGCAACAAGCGUGUCCCCGACUUUCAUUGUCGACUACCCCAAGAGGAGCACUCCAUUUGCGAAAACGCACAGCUCCACGCCAGUUCUCGCGGAGCACUUCAAGCUCUUUGUCAGCAAGAGUCAGCUGGUGAGUGGAUUCACCCAGUGCAGGGAUCCCGCGGAAGCGCAAGAGAACAGUGAACUACACACACUCUUGGAGUAUGGCCUCCCGCCGUGCUCGGGCUGGGCCUGUGGAAUCGAUCGCUUGGUGAUGCUGCUAACAGAUUCAGUGGACAUCAAGGAAGUAGUACUCUAUCCAGCUCUCAAGCCAGCGGAGGAUCUCUAAGAUCGCUGACCAUAAAAUUUGCCAAAACGUGGCGAAGGAGAAGAUCCACAUUCUAUAUAAUUUUGACGAUCAUGUAAUGUUUUGAUUUGGUAUAAAAGCCUCACGUUUCAAA